ACGUUCUCACCUCCAGAUGGCGCUGUCAGUAAUACCACGGUCAGUGUGUUUAAUGCCCAGAGAACCAAGACGCCUACAGGAGAGGCUCACACCAUCCGAGGAUUUGCUUACACCACGGAGGAGCCGGGGAAACUGGCAGUGAAACUGGACGGAGUACCUGUGAAAGCUCCAUAUUGGAUUAUUAAGCUGGGUCCCCAGACGUUUUCUACCAAUGGUCAGUACGAGUAUGCAGUGGUCACAGAUAACUUCCGGGUCACGCUGUUCGUGUUGGCGCGCGAUCCGGAAGGUUUCAAGCUGAAGUACGAUCAGGAGGUCAAGCAAUUUGUGAAAGAUGCUGGAUUUACGGAAUGGUUAAACGAACCGUUGGAGACAUACCAAGGAAAUGACUGCCUCUAUGCACAGCCUCCACAGUGAAAUAUUCUGUUCCUUUUGUGGUUUCAGUUGUAUAUGAAGACUUUUGUGAGGUAGAGUAAUAUGAAGGACAAUGUUUUCAGUGACUGUUACUUAAUAUCAGCCACGAAAUGAAAGAUGAGGCAUUGUACAAUUCUAUUUUGUAUUCUUGUGAUUCUAAAGCAUCCAUUUUUAUA